AUAGCGGAAGUGAGUUGUCGAAGGGGCGGAGGGAAGGAUAAUUGUAAUGUGUGACACCGAUGAUCCCUCCUGCAGUUAAUGUAAACCGUUAGUUGACUCGUAGAGGACAAUUCUUGUUGUCGUUUCAGUCGGUAAUGCUUAGGAAGCCAAUAAUACUAUUUGUCACGUAUAAACUUUGAAGAUGACUGCUGCAAGUCAAGCAGAGAGGACUGUGUUGGAAGAUGAAUUCAACUGGCUGCUGAAAGAAGAAGUGCAUGCUGUGUUGAAACAGCUGCAGGAUAUUUUAAAGGAAGCAUCCAGGCGUUUCUCAAUGCCAACACCAGGAUUUGAGGGUCAACUUAAACAAGAGAAUUUUAUUCUUGGCAGCUCAACCAUGGACCAGGUGAAGGGAGUGUUGACUUUGCAGGGCGAAGCAUUAACACAGGCCGACAUUAAUAUAAAAGUGGCCAAAAGCAGUCAAGUCAUGCAUUUUGCAUUCCGGGAUGACAAACAGUGGAAACUGCAGCAGAUCCAGGAUGCCAGGAACCACGUGAACCAGGCUCUUCAGCUACUCAACAGCCGAGACGACAGUUACCAUUUCAAAACUGGGGCAGAAGUGAACAAGCUAAUGGAUGCGGUGAUGCUGCAGCUCACCAGGGCCCGUAACCGUCUCACCACUCCAGCUACCAUGACCCUUCCUGAGCUUGCCUCCAGUGGACUUAUGAAGAUGUUCUCGCCGCCCAUGCCCGGCGACGUGCUGGUGAACUUCUACAUCAACCUCAGCAAGCUCUGCUUGAUCGUGUAUCAGCUCCACGUACUGCAGCCAAACACCACCAAGAACUUUAAGCCAGCUGGGAGCUCUGUCUUGCAUAACCCAGGAGCCAUGUUUGAGAACAACAACACUAAGUUUGAGGUCAGUCACGUCCACAAGGUGGAGUGUGUGGUGCCAUGGCUUAACGACACGCUGGUCUUCUUCACCAUCUCUCUGCAACUGUGCCAGCAGCUGAAGGAUAAGAUAUCCGUGUUCUCCAGUUUCUGGAACUAUAGGCCAUUCUAAACCGAGACAGCCUCCAAAGAGCUUAAAUCACUACAGGUUCUCGUAAUUGUGCUUUGUAAAUUUCCCCAGAUGUUUACCGGUGUAAUUGGAGGUAUGAAAGCAGCUCUGUGAUUGUUUGUCCGUGUGGUAUUCAAAUAGGGUCAAUAAGCUAUAUUUUGAUGAAGGAGCAUGCAAAGCUCAUUGUCCAUGGUGCAGUUAGUAUAGAAAUAUAUGUAUAUGUGUAUACAGAGGCAUAUAUGGGUAACUUGAGGUCCUUAUUGGUCCAACAUUUCGUCUUUUUGUGAUGUGUAGCAUUUUACCCCUCUCUUUGUGCUGGACUACUUAGCUUUGUUUAUUUUGGGCCACAUGUUGUAACGGUUUGGACCCUUAGUGAAAGACACUUUAUGAAAGAAAUGUUGAUAGUCACGCUAUGUAAUUACAUUGUACAAAGAUCGUCCUGAUUGUCCUGAUCGUAACUGUAAAUCUGGAUCUUAAUCUUAAUAUAAUUCUGAGAUUUUAAUAUUUGUUCCAUUUCAGCUGGAUUUGUUUUUUCUGAAUCAUGAGUUUGUUUCCUGUUUUGAACAAGAGUCUUGUGUUAAUGAACACUAAAGUAAGAAGCCAUUUGUAUCAUUCCGUACCACUCCAGGUUUCCUGUAAUACCACCAAGAAAGGGUUGGAAAUGAACACAAAUUCACUUUCACUUCAGAAAGGCUUUUUUUUUUUUGCACAUUGUUCAGUUUGUAGCCAUUGUUGGUACAAUUCUAUCAUUCCAAAGAUGGUGCAUGGUGUCUAUGUUUUUACACUCAUACAGAAGGGAUAAGGAUUAACUCCGAUCAUUCCAUGACAAUAGAAGGAUGUACAUACAUAGCACAAAUCAAAAUGGCUUCAGGUGUCUAACCAGUGGUGAGGGCAGCACUUAAAUUUAUGUUUGUUUGUUUUUUCUGCACUUUUAUUCCUGUGCUUUUAUUUAUUUAUUUAUCCUUCAGUAUUGACUUAUUUUGCACUUUCUGCAUGGUUGUCUUGAUGUUCAAUUUAAUUUCAAUGUGGAACAAAGAAAGUCUUACACUAUUUUCAAAUGAAUAUACAUGGACCAUAACAUAUACUGUGCUAUAAAUAAAUGUGAUAAACACUA